UCCGCUGCCAAUCAAUACACAUCAAGAAAAGAAGGAAGGGGAUAGAAGAGGAGUGUCACACCUCCCCACUAAAGUGUCUCCAAAGCGGGAGAGGAAGAAGAGAUAUGAGGGACACGCGGUGCAUUCACAUGCAUCGGGACUGCGAGUAAGCAGUGAAGAGUGAUCCUUAUUCUUCUCCUCUGACUUUUUUUUUUUUUUUUUUAAUCUUUUAACGUACCCCCGGGGGAAAAAAAAAAAAAAGCGACGCAUGGGCUCAGCGCCCCGAGAGUCCCCGGGGAUGGCGUGCGGUGCUUGUUACUACCUGGUGAUCAGCUCCACUCACCUCAGCAACGGACACUUUCGCCGCGUGAAGGGGGUGUUCAGGGGCCCGCUGUGCACCACAGCGGCGUGCGAUUCACCGGAGCGCGCCGAGCGGGCUGUGGGCUGUUCAGUGGAGGAUUUGAAGUCUCUUUUCUACUGCGAGCUGUGUGACAAGCAGUACCUGAGACACCAAGAGUUUGACAACCACAUCAACUCCUACGACCACGCUCACAAGCAGAGGCUGAAGGAACUCAAGCAGCGGGAGUUUGCUCGCAACGUGGCCUCAAAGUCAUGGAAGGACCAACGCAAGCAGGAGAAAGCUCUCCGACGCCUGCACCAGCAAGCACAGCUGCAGCAGGAGAGUCAGCGAGUCCAAGGAAGGACGUACGAGCUAAGAAGCGCCGUGAGGCUUGUUAGCCACCAGCAGCAGCAGCAACAAAAUCAAGACAGAAGCACGGAGGAGCACAAAGCCUGCAGCCCCGCGGACAAAUGCGAACCCUUCAAACACACACAGAGGGCCCCGGCCAAACAAGGCACUACAUCUCCGCUGAGCCACCGGCGAGGAAAUCCAUGCCGGCCCCCCCACUCCCAAAUACCGCCGGCCCCUCCGGCGGAGUCGCCGCUAAUCACUCAUCCAGAGUCCAAUACAGAUUGUCCUGCAGUGAAUCAGCAGCCUCAUGCGGGCUGCCAGCUGCCUCUGGAGGGGCGGGGGCGAGCCGGAGGCAGACGUGGGGUGUCCUUCUGUUUCUCGCGUAGGGGGCCUCGGCUGGAGCCCUCCGCUUCGGUUUUCUCUGACCAGGAAGAAGAGGAGAAAGAGAGGCGGGAGCAAAUGAAACAGCGGAUAAAGAGAAUUUUGGAGGACUUAGACCGGGAAAUUGAUAGUGUCGGACAAAGCAAAAUGAAAGCGAAAGAAGACGAAAGAAAAGAAAAUCACAGCAACGAUGAAGAAUCCGCGGAAGCGCAAGUCGGCGUCGGCGUGCACGUGUCCGUCGUAGCUAAAGAUGGCUCCACCUGCGUUCCCUGGCCUGUCAGUUUACUUAACUUCACCAAAUCCCGGCCGUGCAUUUCUUACAGCUGCAACCCAAACAGCACAAAGCAAAACCAAACGCCAACCGAACAUGAGCGCCGGUCACGUGAUCCCUGUGAUGAAUCAAAUCCACGGCGGUCUGCCGCUCUUACGCCUGACGCUCGUUACCACGCGGGGAAAGAAGCCGCGGAGAAUGUCAAAGAAGAAGAACACCUGUUUGUCGAGAACAAAAAGCUUUCAUCGUCGGGGGGAGGAUCAGAAGGAGCGUCACGCAUGCUAAGUAUAGAGCAUCGUGUGAAGGCGGCCUCCUUUCCGUUUGACCCCACUCGUAGUGACAGCUCCAACACAAACCCCCCGACUCCCGGAGGAGACGGAUUAGUAGGCGCAACAGGGAUCGGGAAGGGAGCCGUCGCAGCCCUGAGCUGUAAAUUAGAAUCCGUCACCGAGCUCGACACACACAGGAUAUGCAUCAAACCAUCCAGGUGUGAGAGCGGCGGCGUGACGACGUCACGGCGCCCCGACGCUCCUCGUGUUCCCGGUGGCGUCUCACGCAAGAAAAGUAAAAGCAGCACAAAAAAUCCGGGGAAAAGAAAAAAACACGGAAAAGUUGCUAUUAGGUGUAAAGUAAGGAGUGUCGUGUCUGCGGUUAAAAAUGGCCGACCUAGCGGAACAGAAACCGGGGGGAGUAGCGGCGACGAAAGAGAGGUGUGGUUGGGAAAAAGGGGACUAUGGAGAACAGGGAGCAGCUCUCUUUCCGGGAGAUCCGAGGCCGAGCCGGUUUACGUCUCUGUCAGGAAGAGGGCGCCCCACAGCGGCCGCCGCUCGCUAUCCCGGCGGCACGGGGACCGCGGCCACACCUUUUCCCAACUCGCCACAUGCGCCCCUGACGCGUCUCUCCGAGGAUCUCACUUACACUCGUUCUCCCCGGGAUGUAACUCAAAGCUGUUUUGGGAAUCAGGUCACCAUAGCAACCCCAGGAGUUUCAUUGACUGCAGUUACCCUGACAACAGCUGCGGCGGUAGCCCGGCGAGAAAGAGAAAACUCCUCCAUAGGGACAGAAGAUUCAUUCACGGGAACCGGAAUACUUGGAAUCGCUGCGAGGGGACGGACAACGGGAGGCGGAUACAUUCCAAAGACAGAGAUUUGUUUUCAGACUCGGAACAAUGGGAGUGGAAUGGUGAGGAGUCUGGAUGGAGAUGCAGAAACAGGGAUGAGGGUCGGGAGUGGGGAAGUAGGGCCACCCCGAGUCCGAGCACCAGGCACAGGACCGGGAGGGGGUUAAGUACUGAAGACAUGGAUUGGGAUAGGUGGACAUUGGGAAGCAGUGACAGCUGGGAAGACCGGCAGACGCGCAGGUCUAUGUCCGGCUCCGGGACUGUACCCGAGAGCAGAUGGAGCCCUAACUGCAUGUGGGGGUCUUCCCGGUACUUAUCUAGUCCGGAAUGGUGGACAAGCAGGCGUGUGUACGGUCCUCCAGGAGAAUCCAGUCACAGUCCACGUUCCUGGAGCCCGUGUAGCAACUCCAGUGUCUCGGAGUUGAGUUGGGAAUGGAGCAAGAGCAGCACCUGCUCAGGUACGACUUGCCUGGUGUCCGAGGUACCAACUGAAGCAAAGACGCGGAGACGUUCCAAAUCUCCAUUCCCUACCCACAAUUCCUUAUCAGGUCUAAUCCCAGAACCCGACACCAAGUCCCUGGCUGGGGAGACUAAAUUCGGAUGUCCUGCUUCCAUGAACACAGACACAAGUGAUCCGGUACCACAGAAACCGAUUCGGACUUUGCUUCUCCCCCUUAUUGGGAAACUCCCGGCAAUCCAAAGAAAGGCUCGACGGAGAAAAGAACAGUUGGAGAGGAGUCAGGAAAAGGAUUCCGAGGACGGUUCCAAUCAUAAAUUGGAUGUCGGCUUGGCAAAACCAAGCAGUCCGCCAAAAACAUGUGCGGUGGAGAUCGGGACUGAGGACAAGGACACCGGUGGCGAGACCGCCACGCCAAUCAGCUUUACCGCAGAGGAGAUGGACAAGUAUCGCCUCCUGCAAGAGCAGGCCAGAGAGCACAUGCAGAAAGUUCUAGAACAAACUGAGGUCCACGUGAACUCCACCGCGCGGGUGGACGACAGCAGGCCUUCAGACGGGGGCCGCGCGCCCCCGACUUCGUUCAAGUAUCUCCAGAAUCAUUAUGACACAAUGCAAACGGACCAGGUCCUCCAAGAGAAUCCGCUUCACGUGAACCUACAGGAGGACUUGAUGCAACCGAUAAACAUGGGCGCCCCCAACGUUCCCCACCUGGCACUAACCCCCCCUUUAAACAGCCUCCAUCAUUUCAUUUUACAGCACGCCGCCUUCGCCGCCUCGCCCGACAUCCCGGUUCAGCCCGCUCACUCCCUCAACCACCAUCACCUCCAACCUUCACCGUUCCCACUCUCCUCCUUGUUCCCCUCCAUUUUUUUCUCUCACCACCCCUUUCCUCUCAUCCCUCCUCCCGCAGCCGCCGCCGCCGCCUUCCCCGUGACCCCGCUCCCCGCUCUCGCUCUGCCGCCCCUCAACCUGCAGUCUUUCAUGGACAGAGUGUGGCCGCUGAGGUUCCAACAGAAAGCCUUGUGACGUUCAUUUUAAAUGUCUGUAGCAACAAAAGAGCAUGCUGUUGGUAUCGGGGAUGUUCUACCAUAGAGGUAACACACACACACACACACAUAAACACAUACACACAUGCACACGCACAGCUCACCUGUUGAUUCAUUUCUCCACCGCCGCCGCCGCAUUGCAGGCAACAUUGACACAAACUGACUUUGAUCAUUUUUUUUUCUUCUUCUAUGAUUGGAGCUCAUAAUAAAGAGAAAGGUGCACCUGCUAUUCAAGGACAAGCCGGGGCUCGUGUCAUCCUUUCUCUUUUUUUUUUUUUUUUUGGUGACCAGCUGCCUUUUGAAGUUUCGCCUUCAUGUCUCUGGCGAAGAAAGAAAAAAAAAAACGCCGCGCUACGGCGUCGCCUUUUCCUGACGCCGAUCUCAGUCAACUUUUAACCGACGUAAAUAAAGUCGCUCCGUCGGCCGGGAUGACGUAACGUAUAUAAGGAACUGUACUUGGUAUAUGUGAGUGACAGGACGAAAAGCUCUGACUCACUUUGGUUCCACUUGUUAGUCAUAUUUAUUACAUAUUUGGGUCAGUAUGGUAAUUGGUAUUGAUUAUAUAAGUAAAUUAUUAGUAGUAAUAAUCAUGUACCAUUAUAUCAUUCAUUCAUUCAUUUUCUACCGCUUUUCCUCAUGAGGGUUGCGGGGGUGCUGGAGCCUAUCCCAGCUGUCUUCGGGCGAGAGGCGGGGUACACCCUGGACUGGUGGCCAGCCAAUCACAGGGCACAUAUAGACAAACAACCAUUCACACUCACAUUCACACAAAAAAAGUCUCCUCCCAUUCCAUGUGGAAGUGGUAAAUUUAAGUUUAGGUGAAAUAAAUUUGCGGCUAACUGGUCAGCACGGUGGUUGAGUGGUUAUGGACAAUUUGGAGUCACCAAUUAACCUAGCAUGUUUUUGGAAACCGGAGUACCCGGAGAAAACCCACGCAUGCACGGGGAGAACAUGCAAACUCCACACAGAGAUGGCCGAGGGUGGAAUUGAACCCUGGUCUCCUAGCUGUGAGGUCUGCGCACUAACCACUAGACCGCCGUGCCACCAUUAUACAUCAUUAAUUUUCUACCGCUUAUCCUCACUAGAGUUGCGGGCAUGCUGGAGCCUAUCCCAGCUGUACCCCAGAGGCAGGGUACACCCUGGACUGGUCGCCAGCCAAUCACAGGGCACAUAUAGACAAACAACCAUUCAUUCAUUUUUCUACCGCUUUUCCUCACGAGGGUCGUGGGGGGUGCUGGAGCCUAUCCCAGCUGUCUUCGAGGCGAGAGGCUGGGGUACACCCUGGACUGGUGGCCAGCCAAUCACAGGGUCACAUAUAGACAAUGGACUGGAUUUUUAUUGGUAACAGUUCAGAACCUAAACGGUUUGUUUAAAAAUGUAGCUUCCCAGCAUGCCUUGCGGCACCAGUAUUUGCAGAUGUUGUAGAUUGCACAAGUUUAAAGUUAACAUAGUCGUUGACUAUGUUUAGCUAGCUGCUACGUAUCAUUUUGGCGUUGGGGGGUAUAAGUACUGCUGCAGUCGUCGCUAGUACAACCAACCACCAUUGAUGCCUUCAUGGCAGGAGAUGUGAGAAGGAAGGGAAUCAAUGUGUCAUCAAUGAUGCAAUAAGGUUGGUUGUUUUGUUUCCUUCUCAUGAGACGGGUUAGUCAAGUGAAGGAGUGAAGCCAUGAAACAGAAUAGGUUGCUUUAGAUUUCAGCCUUCAAUAGAUGCAGAGAAGGUCAGAUAGGAUAUCAGCCUGAGAUUCACUCACUGGUCACAGCAUUCGGUAAUGUAGGAUUAGGAUUAGGAUUAGGAUUUAUUGUAUUGCUGGGUUAAACUGUCACCAUCCUAAAACUACAAUAUUUAUGUAAAAAAAAUACUGUUUGGAAAAUGGCCACCAGUCCAGAGUGUACCCUGCCGCUCGCUUAAAGACAGCUGGGAUAGGCUCCAGCAUACAACCCGCCACCCAGCUGAGGAUAUGUAGCAAAGAAAAUAGAUGGAUGGUUGCAGCCCAGUCUCUGUAUAUAUGUUAUGUGCUCCAUGAUUGGCUGGCUGGCUGUCACCCUAAGAGUUAUCUGGGGUAGACUCCAGCAUACCCGUAACCCUAGUAAGUAUAUUAGCAUCGAAAACAGAUGGUUGCAGCCCAGUCUCUGUAUAUAUGUAUGUGCCUGUGAUUGGCUGGCUAUCACACAAAGCGUUAUCUGGGAUAGGCUCCAGCAUACCCGCAACCCUAGUGCAGAUACGUAGCAUAAGAAACAGAUGGUUGCAGCCCAGUCUCUGCAUAUAUGUAUGUAUGUGCCCUGUGAUUGGCUGUCUGGUUUUCACCCAAAGAGUCAUCUGGGGUAGACUCCAGCAUACCCGCAACCCUAGUAAGUAUAUGUAGCAUUGAAAACAAAUGGUUGCAGCCCAGUCUCUCCCUAUAUGUAUGUGCCCUGUGAUUGGCUGGCUAUCACACAAAGUGUUAUCUGGGAUAGGCUCCAGCAUACCCACAACACUAGCACAGCUACAUAGCACAGGAACUAGAUAGUUGCAGCCCAGUCUCUGUAUAUAUGUAUGUGCCCUGUGAUUGGCUGGCUAUCACACAAAGUGUUAUCUGGGAUAGGCUCCAGCAUACGCACAAAGCUAGCACAGCUACAUAGGAAAUAGAUAGUUGCAGCCCAGUCUAUGUAUAUAUGUAUGUGCCCCAUAAUUGGCUGGCUGGCUGUCACCCAAAGAGUUAUCUGGGAUAGGCUCCAGCAUACCCGCAACCCUAGUGCAGAUACGUAGCAUAAGAAACAGAUGGUUGCAGCCCAGCCUCUGCAUAUAUGUAUGUGCCCUGUGAUUGGCUGGCUGGCUAUCACACAAAGAGUUAUCUGGGGUAGGCUCCAGCAUACCCACAACCCUAGUGAGGAUAGUAGCAUAGAAUAUAGAUGGUUGCAGCCCAGUCUCUACAUAUAAGUAUGUAUGUGCCCUGUGAUUGGCUGGCUGGCUAUCACAAAAAGAGUUACCUGGGAUAGGCUCCAGCAUACCCGUGCGACCCGAGUGCAGAUAAGUACCAUAAGAAACAGAUGGAUGCAGCCCAGUCUCUGCGUAUACGUAUGGAUGUGCCCUGUGAUUGGAUGGCUUGGCUAUCACACAAAGUUAUCUGGGAUAGGCUCCAGCAUACCCACAACCCUAGUGCAGAUACGUAGCAUAAGAAACAAAUGGUUGCAGCGCAGUCUCUGCGUAUACGUAUAGAUGUGCCCUGUGAUUGGCUGUCUGGUUUUCACCCAAAGAGUAAUCUGGGAUAGGCUCCAGCUCACUCUGAACCCAAUCCCCAUUAAAAGUGAAUGCAUGCUUGUAAUAUAUAAGACUAUAAGCAUGUUCUACAUUGUGACCCUACGCCUCAGAGUAUCUCCGUGUUCAAAUUUAGGCAGAAAGAGAGAAUCCCUAUCUUUUUUUUUUUUUCUUUUCCGAGACAGGAGAUCAAACAGACUGUGUGAAAUAUAGAGCAGCAAUAAUUAGCAGCUGUUACAGCAUCAAACCUCCACAUCUCCACCAGCCUCUCCUUAUCCCACAACUUUCAUUCUGACAUUCCUCCAUCUUGCAAAGGGGGAGAUGACGCACAACAGCCGACAACAACAAGGCUGACCCUCAAUCUUUUCUCCCGAGAAAGGAAACAGGAGGACGUAAAGGAUGUAAAGCGAAUCGUCGUGUCACGUGACACGACGGAGCGCUUUAUAAUAAAGCAAUAAACACACAAGGGAGCAUCACACAUACUGUAGGAGCCAGGUGGUAAUUAAUCACAGCGUUUUCUGUCAUUGACUGAUUAAAUCAUUUCCAAAGCCUUGAGAUUUGCCUCCUGGUGUGAUGUGUGUGUGUGUGUGUGUAUAUAUGUGUGUGUGUGUGUGUGUGUGUGUGUGUGUGAAGGGGGCUGAUUUAUGAUGGAGAGUGAACACUUUUCUCUCUCAAUCUCUCCUGUGAAUUAAUGAGGUAGAAAAAUAAAGGCUGGCACUCAGUCAAAUAUUCCAGCAGUGACUGCAGCAUCGCUAUUGGUAACACAUUUGCUUGUAUUGUGGACACACACACACACACACACAGAGACACACACACAUACACAUAAGGACCCCUCACGGCGACAAAAGCAACUCAUCGACCUAAACGGCAAAAAUAAGAAAGCGCUCUCUUUUAUUGUAAUUGCGGUCCUCUGUGAUUGGAGCAGGUCGGCGGUCGCUUUUGGAUUCAUCCCCCCCCCCCGAGCUCUUCAACAAAAAGCCCGAUUACGUAUUGUUCGCUUAAAAUUUGACAAAAUCGACACAAAAAAAAUCACGGCUCUUAGCGGUACUUCGCUAUUGCUGCUUUUACGAUAAAUGCAGGCCGUUAUUCCCAAAUUGGGAAUACGUUUAUUGAUAAUUGUUAUAUUAAAUACUGUGUAUUUGUUGCUCUAUUUACUGGCAUAUACUCCCAUGCAUCAGGUGAAGUCAUGUAGGGUGCUGGAGCCUAUCCCAGCUGUCUUUAGGGGGCGAGAGGCAGGGGUACACCCUGGACUGGUGGCCAGCCAAUCACAGGGCACAUAUAGACAAACAACCAUUCACACUCACAUUCAUACCGAUGGACAAUUUGGAGUCGCUAAUUACCCUAGCAUGUUUUUGGAAUUAAAAUUAAAAUUAAAAUUAAAAUUAAAAUUAAAAUUAAAAUUAAAAUUAAAAUUAAAAUUAAAAUUAAAAUUAAAAUUAAAAUUAAAAUUAAAAUUAAAAUUAAAAUUAAAAUUAAAAUUAAAAUUAAAAAAAACACGCCGAUGGUGGAAUUGAACUUAAUUGUUAUAUUAAAUACUGUGUA